AUGGCAAAGCGUAACGCCUCAUCCAAAUACCAGGACAUCAUCUCCAACAGUACUCUGAUCUCUAAACCUCUGACCUCUCCUGCUGUCUACCAGCUGAGACCAAAGGAAGAGAAGUUUGGGACUCUGACAAGAAAAACUGUUGGAGAGAAAAACCUGAACAAGACAAACAGAACCAUCUUACUUGUAGGUGAAACAGGAACAGGAAAAUCUACUCUGAUCAACGCUCUGGUCAACUACACCAUGGGAGUGAAGUUUGAGGACAACAUCUGGUUUGAGAUCGUAGAAGAAAAAGAGAAGAGAAGUCAGUCAGAAAGUCAGACAUCAGAUAUGAUCACAUACGAGAUCUUUGGUUAUGAAGAUGAAACUCUGCCCUACUCUCUGACCAUCAUCGAUACUCCUGGAUUCGGAGACACCAGAGGGAUCGAACAUGAUGUCAUCGUUAGUCAAAGAUUAUUGGACUUGUUCCACUCAGACGAUGGAGUUCAUGAACUUUCUGCAGUGGGUCUGGUGCUGAAGGCGAGUGAGAAUCGAGUGAGUGAUCGACUGAAGUACAUCUUUGAUUCAGUGACGUCUCUGUUUGGGAAAGACAUUGAGAAGAACAUCAUCGCUCUCAUCACACACUCAGAUGGAGGAACACCUGAAAAUGCUCUGAAAGCUCUUAAAGCUGCAAACAUUAAAUGUGCCAAAAAUGAAGAGAAUGAAACUGUUCACUUCCUGUUUGAUAACUGCCAGAAUGAACAGAGAAAUGAAAUGAAAUGUUUCACAGACUUCUUGAAAGAAUCUAAACCUCAGAAGCUGAAUGAAACAGUUGAAGUGUUGAACACACAGAUCAGUCUGACAGCCUGCAUCCACAAGAUCCAACAGACUGAAGAAGAUCUGAAGAAAUAUCAAGAAGAGUUGAAGAAGAAUGAAAAGUUCACUGUAGAAGUUGAAGAGGUCUACAAAGACAAAGAAAUCAUCAAAGGUGGGAUGUGGGGGUUGUUUUUUUUUGAAGGAGCUGUCACCUGUAACAUCUGUGAAGAGAACUGUCACUAUCCUGGAUGCACAAAGGUUCAGAGUCCCAAAGACUGUAAGGUCAUGAAAAAAGGUCGCUGCACAGUUUGUACCAAGAAGUGUCCUGUAUCAAAUCAUGUGAAAGAGGAAUGGAGAUAUGUGACCAAGACCAGGAAAGUUAAGAAGACCCCAGAAGAUGUGAAAGAGGAGUAUGAAGAGAGUAAAGUAGAAAAUGAGAAGAAGAAGAGCCUGAUGGAAAAUCUUCAAACUGAGAUGGAAGACCUGAAAGCAGAGAAGAUAAAGUUGCUGGAUGAGGCCUACCAACAUGUUGUUAAUCUGGAGCAGAUCGCCCUGAAUGUCUCUCUGAGGGAUGUUACAUGGAUGAAGUUGAGCAGGAACACCACUUGCAUGUUUCCUCUUUCUGCUAAGAUCCAGAAGCAGUCUUUUCACUCUGAGCAUCCAUGCUACUGCCCUUUUCAAACAAGUCCAGGAUGA